UUUUGCCAACGUUUACUGACACUGGCCAUAAUCAACGGGUGUUGUCCAGCCCAGCAUUUGUAAAUUCAUCAAUUAUUCUGCGUGAGUGCUCUGAAAUCGGAGUAGAUGGACAGAAUCAACUAUGUCCGUUAAAACGCACGACUAUACCACUUAGCUAAGAAUGAUGUCAAUAAGUCAACAAGGCAAGAAAAUAGCCUUGCCGAAAUCUCCCCCUUCCAAUUUCCUUGGUUUUGUGGCUAGUCAAAUACUUUCUAUAGAACAAACUUCACGUAGGCAACCCGAAAUGAAUAAUUCAUGUAUGUGUGUUAUAUUAAACACAGAGGAUGGAGUAAAAUGUAGGCAAGCAAAUAAACAUUUCAGAAUUUUGGCAUUUUUUUUUAUUUAUGGACUAAUACACUUCAAACAAAUAACUAACCCGAAAACUGCAGACAUUACUACUGCUUCCCCCGCGAUCAAAUCGACAUAAAUUGAAUGAAACGCAGCCUAACAUGAUCAGAAAUCUCAACUAGUAAGCGAGUCACAGCAAUGAAGCAUUGAGUGUCGCGCUAAAAUUACGUGUCCUUUAACGCUAUAGCGCCUGGUUCAAUUCUAUUUAUCUACCUCCCUAGGCUUGAAGUAAUUCCUGGUCGAGGAAGGAAGGUUCCUCCAAUGUUUUAAAUGUUUUAAACAGAGCCUCCAUAUUCAGUACCGCCCCUCAGCUAGAUCAACCAAGCAAAAGGGCCAAUAGAAUCGAACCAUCCAACGUGCGCUGCCACGACACUAGCCCAUCCCCCUUUUCUUUCAACGUCGUGAAAUUCGCAUGCGUUCUCGAUAACAUCUAAAUUAAAGCUUAGAGAUAGCUGUUUAUAUUUUUGGUGUAUCUUUCCUUUGAUUCAAUAUGGGUAUUCUUCGUAUAUUAGAAAUUAUAUUUGUCUUUUAUUUUGCUUCUCACAUUCCUAUUACAUUAUUCAUUGAUCUUCAAGCGUUGCUUCCUGCGCAGAUGUAUCCUCAACAGCUGAAAGAUGUUUUGAGAUGGUAUGGGGCUGAGUUCAGAGACCCCAUGAUGCUGGAUCCCCCCACCUGGUUCAAGUCCUUCAUCUUCUGCGAAGCCCUGGUUCAAACACCCUUCUUCCCCAUAGCUGCAUACGCCUUCCUGAAAGGAGGCUGCAAGUGGAUCAGGACUCCGGCCAUUGUGUAUUCCACCCACGUAGUCACCACCCUGGUCCCCAUCCUAGCCCACAUCCUCUACUACCCCUUCCCCACAGAGCCCCACCCUGGCCCCCAGACCCAGAAGGAGCGUUACACCCUGGCAGCCAUCUACGCUCCGUACCUCCUGAUUCCUCUGAUGCUGCUGUUCACAAUGCUCUUCAGCUCAGCUUACAACACCAACAGUCAGGGAGGGAAGGGCUCAGCGAAGGCCAAGAAGAUCAAAUAAAAGACACUCAUUUCUAGCCUGAGUGCUAGUCUGUUUGUGCUAUUGUCCAACUCCAUUGCUGUCCUUGUUUUUUUUCCCUCUUUUUUCCCCCCUCUUCUCCUCAAGUGAUGAAUUGUCAAUUGGUACAUUUCAAGUCAAUAAAACAUCAUAGGUAGGUUUAAACAUUCUUAACAAUUCA